AAUGCAUGUAAAGAUCUCCAAACUUAGCUUGCUGUAUCAAAAGAAGACCAGCUGGAAUGUGGUAUUUUAGGGCCAGUGAUUAGUUAUUUCCAUUAACAGCCUUUUUAACAGGCCAGUUGUGGGGCAGAGGCGAACGUAAAUCUUUUUUUAGACAGCUCAUACUACAAGCGUAGAGAUUUUCAGUGUGUUUGUUAAGUUUGAACAUUAGCCCUUUGGAUAAUGGUUUUGGUUAAUUAAAAAGUCAAUUUGAGAAAUAGAUCGAAGUCAAUUUUUGAAUAGGUACCAUUUUUGAAAUUUGUACAUGAGGAAAGUUGCUAACUUUCUUGUAUUAGGCUAUUUAGAUGUUCAUUUACCUUACUAGAUAUUAUGAGUAUUUUGAAUGGAGAUCCGUUGCUAAGAGUAAAGCAUCAUGGAGAAUUUUGAAGUGUGACUUUUUUGGUACUAGAAACCGAAAAAUAGAUAAAGAUAAUUUGUAUUUUCCAUUGUUUUUCACACCAAAGGCCAGUUUUACUUGUUUAAAUUUUUUCGUCUGACUGCAAAGUAACACAUGUUCAUUAAAUAAAGUCCCAGUAUUUCAGAAGUAGUACAUAGCCUCUAAUAAUCUUUCAGAAAUAACUGUCAUUCCACUUCCCCCGUCUGUAUAUAUUAACGUCCCCCUCCCCGCCUUUAAUAUACAUGGCAUUAUCCAUACUGUUAAGCGGUUUGUCAUGUAGAAUAUCUGACAUCUUUUGAUUGCAGUAGAUCGGCCUUUAUUUUUGGCACCUUUAUAGUAUAUUGCAUAGAUGUACCACAAUUUAUUAAUUAUUCUAUUGGUGGCCAUUUGGGUUUCUUCUUCUUUGUUACAGCAAAUAAUGUUAUGAUGGUCAUCCUUUUUCUUUCUUUCUUUUUCUUCUAUUUUCUUUUUUUUAUGAGACAGAUUCUUGCUCUGUCGCCCAGACUGGAGUGCAGUGGUGCAAUCUCAGCUCACUACAACCUCCGCCUCCCAGGUUUAAGCAGUUAUUGUGCCUUAGCCACCUGAGUAGCUGGGAUUAGAGACAUAUAUCACCAUGCCUGGCUAAUUUUAGUAUUUUUAGUAGAGAUGGGGUUUCGUCAUGUUGGCUAGGCUGAUCUCAAACUCCUGGCCAACAUCUCAGAGUGGUGAGAUUAUAGGUGUGAAGCCACUGUGCUUGGCCUAGUCAUCCUUUUUCGUAACAAACACAUAUUAUCUUUUUUUCUUUUUGAGAUGGGCUCACUGUCAUCCAGGCUGGGGUGCAGUGGCUAGAUUAUGGCUCACUGCAGCCUGGAUCUCCUGGGCUCAAGCAGCCCUCCUACCUCAGCCUUCUGAGCAGCUGGGACUAUAGGUGUGUGCUGUUACAGUUGGCUAAUGUUUUGAUUUUUUGUAGAAUAAGGGUCUCACUUUGUUGUCCAGGCUGGUCUCAAACUCCUGGGUUUAAGCAAUCCUCCCACCUUGGCUUUCCAAAAUGCUGGGAUUACAGGUGUGAGCCGCUGCCCCUGGCCCUUUUUUUCCCCUUUGGAUAAUCUCCAAGAAGUGGAAAUGCUGAAUUAAAGGCUAUGAACAUUUAAAAUUGUGGCAGCUGGUGCCAAAUUCUGGUCCAUUAACAAUAUUUGAGAAUUUCCUCUGUUUCCUCAUAUGUUCAUUAACAGUCAAUAUUAUUAAUUACUGUUUCUAAGUUUAGCUGAGACCACACAUGUCAUUUUUAGAGUAAAUUUACUGCAUUUUAGUAUUGUAAUCAAGACCAAAUUUCUAGGUUUAGCUGAGACCACACGUGUCAUUUUUAGAUGUCAUUUUUAGAGUAAAUUUAUUGCAUUUUAGUAUUGUAAUCAAGACCAAAUUGCAGUUGCUAGUUGUAAGUCCAUUUCAGCUCUUGUUUUCUAUAAAUAGAAAGCUUAGUUUUGGAUUCCUUAGUAAUAAAUUAUCAUAAAACAAAUGGUUGAUUUCAGUGGUUAGUAUUUUAAAGUAAGUUAAGGAUUUGAGGGAAGAUUAUAUUUGAAUGGGACCUUGUCCUAUGGAUAGGCAUCAGGAGGAUGGGCCUUUCUAAAAGAAAGAACAACUUAAGCAAAGGUAGGGAGACAGGAAUGGGCAAGGAUGUUUGGAAUCAGAGGUUUGAGAGGCGAUAGUGCUAGGUAUUGAGGUGGUAGAAUAGAAGAGAUAGCUAGAAAGGUAGUUAGAAGUAGAUGGUAAGGUAGUUAGAACUAACUGAAAAGGUAGCUAGAAAAAGAUCACUUUGAAGAUUUUGUUUUUUCGGGGAGAGCUACAGAAGGUCUUUAUCAGAGAAUGAGGGACAUAAUCACAUCAUUUUACAAAUGUCAGUAUGGUGGCAGUUUUGAGUGAUGGAUGUCAGAGAAGCACAUCAGGUGGCUGUUACAGGCUGGGUAAAAGAGAAUGAAGACUUGUAACAGAAUGAGAAUUACGAAGAGUAGCGAGGUUGGAUUUCAGAGAGAUGCCAAAGAAGUUGAGUCUACGUGAUUUGAUGACUGGAGUUGAGGAAGAGGAAGAAAGCAAAGCUCACUUUUAGAUUUUUAUCACAAAUGACUCUUAGAUAGUGAUUGUGAUAAUGAUAUCUUUAGUCAGAAGAGGGCAAAUUUGGGGACUGGGAAAGAUACUCAAGUUUGGGGCAUGUUAAGUUUGUGUGGAAGAUACUUCCAUGGAGGAUGAGUUAUACACAAGACAUGAAAUUUACUUGUGACAGAUUUAGAAGAAACGUUUAUAGAUUUGUUACUUUUUGUUAGGAAUUUUGGCAUACAUUUUCACCUAUUUUUAGUUUGUUAUUAAUAGAAUUUCUGUUGAACAUUCUGUGGCUUAUUCAGCCUGUUUACCAUGAUGCUAAUAGUCCUAAGAAAGUGCACUGUCUAGUAGUCUUCACACUUUUUUGAUUGUGUACAUUGUCAAUAGAAAUAUGCCUACAAUAUAUGUACAUUUGUUUAUUGAUUAUAUAUGUCUUACAGUACAAUCAUAUUGUUUAUAUUAUAAAACAUAUGUAGAAAGAAUUUUUCAAAGGCUAAGACAAAUACAAAUUGUAGUUUUAACUAUUUUCUUCCUCCAUCCCAUUGUAUCAUCUUGGACCUCUCUAGAAAGUACUGAUCUGAUUUCCAGCUGACGCAUUCUGCCCCUUUAUUCCAGUAGAGGUCAGUCGAGCAUCUGGAAGAGAGAACAGGCUGUUGAACUAUGCAGGGUAGAGCCGUCAUUCUUCAGUUAGAAGGAUAAUUAUAUUUUAAAGUUUCUAAAUUCAUGCAUUUUUGGAAGAGUAAUUACAGAGUAGUAUGUGGUAUUACGGAGAAGUGAAGAAUAGUGAGCUCAGUAGAGUAUGGAUCAAUCUGAAAUGUGCUUUUGUUGUUUGAUGUUUAUGUUGUGAGUACCUUGCAUUUGGCUUUGAACAUUACUUGAUUCUGUAGUUUUGGGAUCUUUUCCCAACUCUGUGAGAAUCUGUAGAUUAUGUGAGCCACAGGAAUGUUCCCUGCCUGUAGGCAUAAUCAAGUUCUAGUUAAAAUUGGAGUAAUUGAAAGGACAGACACAAAGAGGCUUUCUUUGAAAUUGAUCUUGAAAGCAGUAUCUUUACCCAAAGAGGUUAGUAGUGGGUUGGAAUUAUCUAUCUGUUUUCUGUUUUAUGCUUAAUUAGGAGAAGGAGAAAAAAGAAAUGCCUUUUCUAAGUAAGAGCCCAUUGUAAGUAAUUAGAAAUCAAGCGCGAACUUGUUACAGCUAUAUAUUCUAAAAAGGCAAAAGUACAGUUUAAAAAAUAUAUAUGUACUGUUAUAUGACUCAGGCACAAGUAGCUUAGAAACAAAUCAUCAGAUAGGUUGAAUAACAGAACACUUUUUCUGUUGCUUUCCUCGUAAAAUAUUUCUUAUAAAUAGAGAUGCUCAUUUUAGUAGGGACCUAUGGUUAUGAUUAUAAAUAAGUUUGUAUGUUUUGAGCCCCAUUUCUAAAUGAUCAGGAAAAUGAGUUAUUGAGGUUUUAGUCACAUGCUAGAAGUUGCAAGUUGAAAGUGUUGUGUAACAGAUGCAAACAGCCCAGAAUUAGUCUUGUGUAAUAUGGUGAUGGAGAAGGGGAGAAUGGUAAAGCAUUUCAAAAGGUUUGAACUACCUAACCAUUAUGGCACCAGGAAACCUCUGGCAUAUGAGAAAUAACUUUCUCUUUGGUUCAAGAUGUUGGAUGACCCGAUUUUCAGCAGAAAUCGUCUUCAAAUCAGUUUCAUUUAGGCUUUUUGGUGUGAAGUGUCAUAAUGCAGACAGUGAGCCUUUGAAAAAUGAGGACCUACUGAAAAACUUACUUACUAUGGGAGUAGAUAUUGACAUGGCAAGGAAACGACAGCCUGGAGUUUUUCAUAGGAUGAUUACCAAUGAGCAGGACCUGAAGAUGUUCCUUCUUUCCAAAGGAGCUAGCAAAGAAGUGAUCGCUAGCAUCAUAUCAAGAUAUCCACGAGCAAUAACACGUACUCCCGAGAAUCUUUCAAAACGGUGGGAUCUGUGGAGAAAAAUUGUGACAUCAGACCUUGAAAUUGUAAAUAUUUUGGAACGUUCUCCUGAAUCCUUUUUUCGGUCCAAUAACAACCUAAACUUAGAGAAUAAUAUAAAGUUCCUCUACUCAGUUGGAUUGACCCGUAAAUGCCUUUGUCGAUUGUUGACCAAUGCCCCUCGUACCUUCUCCAAUAGUCUUGAUCUGAAUAAACAGAUGGUUGAAUUUUUGCAGGCAGCCGGUUUGUCAUUGGGUCACAGUGAUCCCACAGAUUUUGUCAGAAAGAUAAUUUUUAAAAACCCUUUUAUCUUAAUUCAGAGCACCAAGCGGGUGAAAGCUAACAUUGAAUUCUUACAGUCAACUUUCAAUUUGAACAGUGAGGAACUGCUGGUUCUGAUAUGUGGUCCAGGAGCUGAAAUCCUAGACCUUUCCAAUGACUAUGCCAGAAGAAGCUACGCAAACAUCAAAGAGAAGCUGUUUUCUCUUGGAUGUACUGAAGAAGAGGUGCAGAAGUUUGUCUUAAGCUAUCCAGAUGUGAUCUUCUUGGCAGAGAAAAAGUUUAAUGAUAAAAUAGACUGCCUCAUGGAAGAAAACAUUAGCAUUUCACAAAUAAUUGAAAAUCCUCGGGUUCUGGAUUCAAGCAUAAGUACUUUAAAAAGUCGAAUCGAAGAAUUGGUAAAUGCUGGCUGUAACUUGAGUACUUUAAACAUCACUCUUCUGUCUUGGAGUAAAAAAAGAUAUGAAGCUAAAUUGAAAAAGUUAAGCAGAUUUGCCUAAGGAUGCCAAUGUUUUUAAUUCUCAGGAACUGUGAAUGUGUUAUGCCACAUUGCAAAAGAAUUUUGCAGAAGUGAUUAAUUUAAAAUGUUAUUAAGGGCCUUGAGAUGGGGAGAUUAUCCUGAAUUACUUGGGAGGGCCUAAUAUAAUUGUAGGGAUCUUUAAAAGUUGAAGAGGGAGGCAAAAGAGGAGGUCAGAGUGAUCCUGUAUAAGAAAGACAACUACUUUUGAAGGAAGUUAAAAGGUGGCUUUGAAGGAGGAAGACACCUUGAGCCAAGGAAUGAAGGGGGCCUGUAAAAAAAAAUUGAAAAGGCAAGGAAACAGAUUCUCCAUUAGAGUCCCCAGAAAGGAAUGCAGCCUUGCUGGCACCUUUUUAGCCCAGUGAGAUCAAUGUCAAACUUCUGACCCACAGAACCAUAAGAUGGUAAAUUUGUGUUGUUUUAAACCACUGAGUCAGCGAUAAUUUGCUGAAGAAGCAAAUAGAUUAACAUAGCAACUAAGUAGAUGAUUAGUUGCGUUAUAGGUGAAGUCAAAAAUACAGUCCUUUAGUAUUAAGUCUGUAUUUCUUCCUUUUAUAAGAGGAAUUAUAUUUAAAAAAUCUACCUGCCCUUCUGGAAUUGCUAAUGUUAGUGUUUAUAAAGUCUUAAAUGUGUGCAUAAAAAACUAAAUGUGAAUAUAAAAUCUAGAUAAAGGAAUAUGUUUGCCUAAUACAGUUUAAGGAAAUGAUAAUCAUUUCUGUGCAUUUUGUUGUCAUUUCAGCUAAUAUUAAAGAAUAAUUUUCAGAGGCAUUGACUUAAAUGGCAAAUCAGAUAAUGUCGGUAUCUUCAAGAUACAAUCUAGCUCUGACAUAAACUGAAAGACGUGAGACAAAUUAUAUGACCCUAAUUUUAAUUAUUUUCCAGAGGCAUUUGUUUUCUAGAUGUGGUUUUUGAAUUAAAUAACAUAAUGGUGCUCAACCUUUUAAACCUCAUUUGCUAUCAGUGAUACUUCAAAAAACCUUAUUCCUACUAUUGAUAAAAACAAUAUGUCUGCUUUUCUAAGGCCAUUUAUAUAUUCAACGAUACUCCUAUUAUAAUUUGGUUAACUAUUUGAUGGCAAGCAUGGCAUAGUUUAGAAAGCAAGAGCUUUAGAGUGAUGUAUCUGGGCACCAUUCCUGAGUAACUUGUGUUAAUGUUUUAAAUUUACUAAACCUGUUUUUCUCAUCUGUAACACCAGAAACUGACCUUCCAGAGUUGGUAGGAAUCAAAUGAAAAAGCACCUCUAAGGUUUCUUGCACAUAGUAAUGAUGCAAUCAGUGAUAGCUAUAAUAAAAAGAUAGUAUUUUAAAAAGCAGCUUUAUACAUAAUUCACAUAUUCAAUUUACCUAUUUAAAGUCUGACACAGUUCAAUGUAUAUAUAGAGUUGUGCAACUUUAUUUUCCAUUGCUUAUAAUACAUUUAUAAUUUAUUGGAAAAUUUAUAAAGAAAAUGAAUUUCUUACAGUUAUGGAAGCUGAGAAAUCCUAGGUUGAGGGGCCACAUCUGGUGAGAGCCUUCUUGCUGGUGGGGACUCUGAAGAGUCCUGAGGCGGCACAGUGUAUCACAUGGCGAGUGCUAAUGUACUUAGGUCUCUUUUCCUCUUAUAAAGCCACCAGUCCACUCGCAUGAUACCUAUUAAUUCAUUAAUCCAUUAAUCCAUGAAUAGAUUAAUCAAUUUCUGACGACAUAGCCCUUAUGAUCCAGUCACCUCUUAAAGGCCCCACCUCUCAAUACUGCCACAUUGGGGAUUAAAUUUCAACAUGAGUUUUGGAGGGGAUGGAUAGUCAAACCAUAGCAGCAACCAUCACCACAAUCUAGUUUUAGAAUAUGUUUGCAGUCCUAACAGAAACCUUGUACCUGUUAGUGAAUCCCCAUUAUUUCCCUCAAUUUGUUCCCCCAACCCUAAGCAAAAAUGAAUCUGUUUUCUGUGUCUAUAAAUUUGUUUAUUCUGAACAUUUCAUAUAAAUGGAAUCAUACAGUA